GCUUUCCACAUGAAACCAUCGGAUAGGAGAAGUCGAAGGAGCUGACAGGAGUCACCAACAGAGUCAAAGAAUCCCAAAAGACCUAACUCAGUCAAACUCUGCAAAGAUGAAGACUCUCACCCUUGCAGUCGCAGUGGCCGUCGUGCUCGCCUUCAUUUGGAUGCAGGAGAGCGCUGCCACAUUCCACGGGGCACAACAGCCGGAGGAGGCGGUGAGCAAUGAGGAUCCAGCUGCUGAUCCUCAGGAGACACCGGUGGACUCGUGGAUGAUGCCGAGUAACAGACAGAAGCGCGGCAUGAAGUGCAAGUUUUGCUGCAACUGCUGCAACAUGAAUGGCUGCGGCAUGUGCUGCGAUUUCUGAGGAAUUCCUGCUCCAACAGCCAUGAAAUGUCCGUUUAGUUCAGGUUAUUGUCUCGAAGAAGUUUUACCACUUUGAAUAAUAAUAAAAGAAGAAAUUACUUACAAAAAAUAUUGACGGCGUUUCUGGAUUUUUUCUCUCGUGCUGUAGUAAAUGUGACUGUAUCAUCAAAAUAUUGUGCUAAAACUGUGCAUGAUCACAAUAACUUACAGUAAAGGUCACCUACAUUUUUUUUGAACUAACUCAAAUACAUGUUUUCAGCCUAAUCUCCCA